GAGACCUGCCUCUCUCCCAGUCUAAACUAACACCUCUGUCUCUUCUGGACUGUCAAUCCACACAUCACUAAUUUUGACUAGUUUAAGCCCUAAUUCUCUGUAUUGUACCGCCUCAACUCCUCAACCUCCUUAGUUCGGAAUAGUUUGUAUGUAGGCUUGUUAAUGGAGGCUGCUGGAUACUACAACAACCACAAAUUGACUAGGAAAUGUAUUCCGUCUUCUUCAAGAAGUAGUUGAAGAAAUUUCUUGUAGUGAAAACUAUGGAACUUGAAUUUGAAACCCAUUCUUAUAAACAUAAUUUGUUAAGAUUAGAGUGCGAUAAUAAAGAGAUUUAUGGAGUAAUAGAUAGAUUUUCAGAGGGUUUAAUCCUAGGACCAUAUGAUUUGUACAGUAAGAUCAAAGGGAUUAGUGCUAAUUUUGAGAAAAAUGAGAGGGUUGCAGCUAGAACUAGUGUUUACUCUUCUUUAGAGUUGAGUAACCCCAUAAACAGCUCAAGCUCAUCUGGGGAAGACUUGGGCGUUAUGUCUGAGGGAAGUUCAGAAUUUAAGAGUACUAGUAAUGGUGAUUCUAGGAAGUGUCAAAAGUUAGGAUUUCAAUUUUGCGAGAUCGAAAAGCUGUUGGAAAUACUUGAAGAGGAUAACUAUAAUAUGAGAAAAGCAUUUUUUGCCGGUGUGGAAGAAAGAAGUGAAUUGGUGAGUGAGGUGUAUCGAUUGUUCCAAGUUAUUCAACAACGUAUAAGGGAUCAUCAAACAACCGAUGAGAAAUCGUUGCCGGGUUCACUCACCAGCUUCAGUGAGGAUGAAAGCACUGCCACUGGUUUGCCGCAAGUUCUACUCCAAGCUACAAAUCCAUCUCUUGUUACCAGAGUUCGUAAAGCCAAUAUUCCUGCUAUUCAAAAGCCUACUAGCACUGAAGUGUUGUGACAGAUCAAACUGG